CUUCCCGCGCGUAUUCACCGAUAAAAAUAUACAGCCAUUAUGAAGUUUGGGUUACAUUGAAUAAAUUUUAAAACCUUAAUGCGGUAGUCUUUUUCAUUUGGAAGGCUUGUAAAUUUUAAUCACCGUCUUAUUUGGUUCAAUCAAACGUUUCCAAUGUUUGGCUAUAUAGCACUGACCUUGACCUCGCUGCCCCUUUUAUUGUUUUAUGGAAGGAGCACAGAGGCGGUUCUUGCAGACACAUGGACUUACUGCGAAUGCUACUGGGCAGACUGGGAAGCCUGGAGUGAGUGCAACAAUGAUUGUUUUGGACAGAGGGUUCGUACUCGUUCCGUCUGGCUGACAGAGAAUCCCGGAUGUGAUGAGUUCACAGAUUGUGCGUCAAAUGACGAAGGUUCUAACUGGCAGGACUGUAACAAUGUUUGCUAUAAUGGAGGUGUGGCCUCAGGAUCCCUCUGGUCACCGUGCACGUGUCAGGCCGGAUACACGAGCAAAUGUUGUACUGAUAUUGUGAACUGUGGUACCCCUAGUUCUAUAUCUGACGGGUCGUUAUCUGUGACGUCAACAAACUAUGGCGGCAGAGCGACGUACACGUGUAAUACCUUCUAUAACAUGACCGGUGGUGACGGCGUAAGAAUAUGUCAGCAUGACACAACAUGGAGUGGAACUUUACCAAGUUGUAUAUAUGCAAACCACUGUAGCAGUUCACCGUGUCAAAACGGCGCUACCUGUGUGAAUCUUCUUGGCGACUUCCGGUGUAACUGUCUAUCAGGGUGGAGUGGGCAACUAUGUGAAAAUGACAUUCAACCACCCGUGAUGACAGGAUGCGGUUAUGAUGUUUACGUAAAUGCCACUGAGAAGACAGUUGGUUAUAACUGGACCGCGCCCUCGUUUACUGACCCAAUGGGAAGUGACCUUGACAUUGUAUCAAACUAUCCCAAUCCAGAGUUUACAUUUCCUUGGGGUGAUCACACUGUGCAAUAUGUGGCAACUAAAGUAUCAAACGGUCUUAGCACUGAGUGCAGCUUCCAAAUCAAAGUUCGACCGACUCCAUGUCCAGAGCUAAACGUCCCCGUAAACGGUGCUAUAUUGUGUAACAACUGGCAGACAGAUUAUGGUCAGUUUUGCAUGAUCACAUGCCAAGAAAACUACACGAUUGGUCCGUCUGAAAGUUACGAAACAAUGUACGUUUGUGGUGCUUCCGGUACAUGGAUAGCUUCAAAUCCGGUUCCAGACUGUGAUGUACCUAUUUACACGUACGAUGACGCGGAAGCUUAUCAUCCAGAAUAUGCUAGUUAUGUCUACACGUCAUCUUGCAAUAAUGACGCCACAAGAGACUCCCUGCAGAACCUUUAUUUAAACAUUUUACAGAACACAGACGGAUUUUCUUCGUUUUGUUCUGCAUAUUCAUCUGAAUGUGUAAAAGAAAAUGUCGAUGUCAGGUGUUACUGAUAAAAAAAACAUAAAUUAUUGUGGUUUCAUUUGAAAUCCGUUCAAUCUUAAUUGCAUUUAAUGUUAGUAUAUAUUUUUUUUUGGUUCAUACGGACAAUAUGUUAAGAUAUAUUCAUAUUGAAAAUUGAAUUCGACCAAAGCCGGUCUUAGAGGGUCUUUAAGAGCUUUUACAACUUACACUCAAUAAACCCGAACCUGCGUUUUUACAAAAUUUAUGUAUUUUUCAUUUGACUAUUUAAGACCCCCACCUUUUUCUAAAUUUUUCAAUGUUAGAUUACUGUAGAUUUGAUUUUAUUUAUAGAUUAUUUAUAGAUUAUUUAUAGAUUAUAAAGUAUAUAAUAUAUCUUUGUCAACUGGUACGUUUACCACGUAAAAUAUAGCUCAAUAUAUACUAAAUGGUGAGGAGUUCUUUCAUAGCUUCAUUUAUACAAAAAGUUAAGGCCUAUGUCCACAGCUUCAUGUUUAUAAAAAGUAGGGCCUACUCCGUUAAACCUUCGACAACUUGAACUAAGCUGGCAGGGCUGUAAUGUUUAAUGGGUGGAGAUAAACUUACUUUUCAUUGUAGUACUAAAGUGUUAAUAACACACAAUUAUCUUUAUAAGAAUGUGUAUGGACAGUUUUAAUGGUUAUUUUUUCAUUUUAUUGCAUUUACUAGAUGCCAAUUAUCUGUAUGCACAUGUAAAAUUUAUUUAGAUGCCAUAUAGGGUGUAUCCCCGGAGUCCCCACGUCCCACCUCACACAGUAAUGUUAAACUUUUCGUUUGUUUCUUUGUAUCUAUCGAUACAUACAUGUAUAAAAAAAAUAUUUACAUGUUAACAUGUAAGUCAAUAUUCAUAUAUGAAUAUAUGUACAUCACGUGCCUUUUUAGUACUUAAUACAAUGACAUAUUUAUGUAAAUUGAUAGUAAUCAUGAAAAAUAUAUAUAUAUAAUUACAUCUUAUUUAUGUUUUAACUUUUUCAUAUAUAACUGGAUGAAACGACAUACUGGUCAUUCUUACGUAAUAUCUUCACAUUAAUAAUGCCAAAUUAAAACCCCAACUAACAUUGUGUAAUAUAUUUAAAGAGAAUAAGAAAGACUCUAAGUGCAUAAGGCUUUACAUGUAUAUAAAUUUUGCCAUCUGUGAAUUGUAAAAUUUUGCUUAUUUUGUGAGUUUAAUGAUAACAGAAUAUCUAGAAUGAAAAAUACAUAAAUUAUGUGGCAAAUGAGACUGAAACAUGCAUGUUAUCAUCUACAUGAAGAUAAAUUGUUAAUAACUUCUCUGCAAACGUUUUGUUUAUUUGUAUAAUGAACAAUUGAUAAUACAGUUUCUUAUAGUUUAUUGUUAUAUCUACAUGAAGAUAUAUUGCUAAUAACUUU